AUGGGCGAGCACCCCAGCCCCGGCCCCGCAGUGGCCGCCUGCGCCGAGGCGGAGCGCAUCGAGGUGCUGGAACCCGAGGCCGGGGAGCGGCAGCCCGCGGCGCCCGAAGACCCCUGGAAAGUCCUGUUUGAUAAGUUUGACCCUGGGAGCACAGGCUACAUCAGCACAGGCAAGUUCCGGAGCCUCCUGGAGAGCCACAGCUCCAAGCUAGACCCGCACAAAAAGGAGGUGCUUCUGGCUCUCGCCGACAGCCAUUCGGAUGGACAGAUCUGCUACCAGGAUUUUGUCAACCUGAUGAGCAACAAGCGGUCCAACAGCUUCCGCCAGGCCAUCCUGCAGGGCAACCGCCGGCUGAGCAGCAAGGCCUUGCUGGAGGAGAAAGGGCUGAGUCUCUCGCAGCGGCUGAUCCGCCACGUGGCCUACGAGACCCUGCCCCGGGAGAUUGACCGCAAGUGGUACUAUGACAGCUACACCUGCUGCCCACCGCCCUGGUUCAUGAUCACGGUCACCCUGCUGGAGGUUGCCUUUUUCCUCUAUAAUGGGGUGUCGCUGGAUCAGUUUGUGCUGCAAGUGACCCAUCCUCACUACCUGAAGAACUCCCUAGUUUACCACCCCCAACUCCGAGCACAGGCCUGGCGCUACCUGACCUACAUCUUCAUGCAUGCGGGGGUAGAACACCUGGGACUCAAUGUGGUGCUGCAGCUGCUGGUGGGGGUGCCUCUGGAGAUGGUGCAUGGAGCCACCCGCAUUGGGCUUGUCUACGUGGCCGGCGUUGUGGCAGGGUCCUUGGCUGUGUCUGUGGCUGACAUGACUGCGCCUGUUGUGGGGUCUUCUGGAGGGGUGUAUGCUCUCGUCUCUGCCCACCUAGCCAACAUCGUCAUGAACUGGUCAGGCAUGAAGUGCCAGUUCAAGCUGCUGCGGAUGGCUGUGGCCUUGAUCUGUAUGAGCAUGGAGUUUGGACGGGCAGUGUGGCUCCGCUUCCACCCAUCGGCUUAUCCCCCGUGCCCACACCCAAGCUUUGUGGCACACUUGGGUGGUGUGGCCGUGGGCAUCACCCUGGGUGUGGUGGUCCUGAGGAACUAUGAGCAGAGGCUGCAGGACCAGUCACUGUGGUGGAUUUUCACGGCCAUGUAUACCAUCUUUGUGCUGUUCGCUGUCUUCUGGAACAUCUUUGCCUAUACCCUGCUGGACUUGACGUUGCCACCGCCCCCCUAAGGGACUGGGGAGCUGUGGUGGGAAGGAGUGAGAGUAGCUGUACCCAGAGGGGGCACCUGCAUCUGUUUCUCAUCACCAGCUCAAUGAGGCCAAGGAGAGGUUUCAACUUGAGGGGUGGAGGCUGUUUUGUGAAAGGCACUGGGGAGGAGUUGGAUGAGGCUGCUGUCAUUUUUCUAGGUUGGUCUGAUGUCGUCUGGCCAUGGCCUAGGAUAAGGUGAGAGUGAUUUUCCCUGUAGCUUGGACUUCUUCCAUGGUGCUCCCCCUCUGUCUUUUCCCUGGUUCUCUACCUGGAGAGACUCUGAGACACAGCGAACCUCUGAAGGUAGUCACAGGCAGGCUCUAUGUUCCCUCUGUAGCUUGGGGUAUGGAGCUCUGGUGCCCCUCAUCCUAGGCCUGCCAAUGGGUGCUAUGGCAAGAUCUCUAUGGUCAGUGCUAGACAGAGGAGGGAAAUGCUGUAAGCUCCGGGCCUCAACCUUGCCUGGGGGACCUGUGAGAGAGACCCAUGCUAGGGGGAAAUGAACUGCAUCCCAAAUUCCCCAACUUCAGACUUCUUCCUGCCUGUCAUCCAGAAUUCUGAUCUCACACCAGAACCCUGCCACCCAUGCCCUGUCUAGACUUUAGGGCCCUUGCGUCCCCUUCGACUUUCCUGACUGUACCUUGUGCCUCUCCUUUGGGUAUGAAAACAGUGUUUUGCGGAGAGAGAUGGAGAAGGAAGAUAAUGAAGACAAGUUGGAGCCUGCAGAGAGGGUGCAUGGGGGGUGGUGGGCAUGUUGGGGUAUCUGUAAGGGUGAGGAGGUUCUUGGAGGGGAGCUGUGGUAUGAUUGCUGAGUGUCCUUUUGCUUUCAGCAUAGCUGGCCCCCUUUCCCAUCUCCUGUCCCUUCAGACCCUCCCUGAGCAUCCCUGACUAAUGAGGUCAGGCUUGAGAAAGGAGCCCUCAGACACAUUCUACCCCUGGCCCCUCUGAGAUGGCCUUCCUAUCUGAAGAGAUCCUGUUCGUCUUGUGUAGAAGAAACUGUGGGGUACAAGAGAGGCUAGGGCAGUAAUACUGAGUAAUACUGAGGCCACAUGCCCAUGUGAGGACAGGAGGCCGCAGGAAAAGAAAUUCUUUAUUAUGAUGGAAAGCUUUGCUCCCAAGAAGGGUUGUCGGGGAGUUGGGUGCGUGUCCAAAGCGAGAACGCAGUAGAGUCCAAUACUUAGACCCCGGAGAGAACUUGGAGAUAAGUUUGCCCCCACCCUCCCUGUACAGGGAAGAUGUGGUUAAGCGAAUGGUCUUGCUUUGCCCAUAUCCUGGCAUCCCCAAAUGUCAGGACAGAAGUCUGGAGGGGAAGCAGAGUACCAGCUACCUCUUGCCCUACAAGGAGGAUAUAUUCUUCUCAAGCUGGCACUAACAGGAGCUACCAGAAGCCGCAAAUGGAAGGUGACUGACAGGUGACCUUCAAUGGAAUGGUAUUCCCUCCUACUCUGAAUUCUGAAGCCAUAACAGCCCAAGAGAAAGAGCGUGGGCUGUGAGGGGCAGAGCAUGUGCAGGAGGAAGGGCAGGAGGGUGGGAAUCUGCUUUCCACCAGGCCGGUUCACUUUGUGGCGAGGUCCAGAGCUGGCAAAGUCAGGCACUAAGGGCUUCUCCCAGCUUCAUGUCCUGUGAUCCCCUAGAAGCAGAUGCCCCCAGGGUCAUACUCACUCAUCACCGUCUGUGCCAAGCCCUUUUCCAUCUCUGCCUGGCACCAACUAUAUUGUCCUGGUCCUCACAUGUAGCUCAUAAGAUCCUGCUGCAUUUGUGCCAAUACUGCAUUGAGGCUUCUCAUCCAGAUGCUACACAGUCCUGGGCCUUUAGCUGACCUGCAUCAGCCCUGAGCAUCUCAUCUGCCCUGCCUGCCUUUCUCUGUCCCGGGGACAGACAGAUAUAGGCAGAAAAGUCAGCUUCUAGGGAGAAGAGACUGAGGCUGCGGGGCUGAGACGAAGGCAUAGGUGGGGAUUAAAAGGGACUAGGAUUUUGAUACUGCUUCCGUGGGCUGCAGCCCUGACUAGGCCUGAGCGAGCUGUCACUUCCUAAGGAGAAAGGGUCCUUCCCCAUUCAGACUCCUGAUCUGGCACCAGGGGGCAGUUUUGGCAGGUAUAACCUGGGAAGAGUAGAGAAGGUAAUGAACUAAAAGACUCUAGAAAGCUCUCAAGGAGUACCCAGUUCCUUCAGGGCCUCAGAUGAAAGCUCGUUACUGGGAAGGGCUGCCUGAGGCAGGAUCUUACCCCCCCUCCCCCGCUGGCAAGCAGUGCCAUUUACACCUCCGUACACCAGCCCCACCUGCUCCCUGUCCGCACACCCACAUCCACAGAAGGACAGGGUCACUUUGCAGAACUGAGAAACGUCUAAUUUUUGGUGUCUAGCCUUCUCAGCAGGUCCCCUCACUCCUGUGUCCCCACUUCCACCAUCCCAGUAACACGUGCCCACCUGUUUUCCAACUCCUUUCUCUCCGAUGUGGCCAGCAGCCAGGAUGCUCAGUGCGGAAGGCGGCGUGAAUCUUCAUGCUGGUGGAUGCUGGUUGGCCUAAGGCUGGGGAAUCCCCAAACAGCAGCCACAGAUGAGCUCACUCAUCAAACAGGAGAGGAAGUGCGGAAACCGGGAAAGGGAGAAUGGGCCUUCAAAGGAGAAAUUUCACUUUAAUGACACUAUUCAUCACUCGUUUUUUAAUUAGGAAAAGCUCCCUAAUGAGGCUCUUUUGCCAAUUAAUGGGACUGUCAAUUUCCAUGUGAACCAUUCUUGCCUGGAUGAUUAGGAGAGACAUUGCUCACCAAACCCAGGUCUUCCUCUUGCGUCCAAUUCAGUUUGUGUAGAUGAUGCACAUCAUCCUGUCCACGUUCCCAGUGCUGGCUGGCAAAGCACCAAUUCUCCUCUGCCUUAAAAACAGUGCCCUCUCCAUCCCCCCCCCCAAAAAAAAAGAAAAUGAGAAAAGAAAAACAGUGCCCAACGGUCAGUUUGCCCUCUGAGGACUUCAGUAAGCAGGAAACAACAGAACACUAGCCGCGAUGUAGGUUUCUAAAUAUUUUUGUAUUGUGUACAUUCUGUAUAUUUUUGUUGUAACAUAUUAUUUGAGCACAGAUUCCAUUAAAGAUUUUUUUUUAAGCCACUGGAUUUUUCCGGAAGUAACCCGAA